AUGCAGACACUCUUAAAAAAUGAUCGUUUCGACGAAUUAGAAGCUCUUCGUAAAAAACUCGACUUGUCUUUUGGGACCAUUAAUGAGCGAGUUGCUUCUUGUAGCGGUGGUGGAUGGUUAGUUAGAAACAAGCAACAAGGUUUUAGCAAAUUAAAUAUUGGGAUGAAUUUCAGAUUUAAACGUAAAUUAACCCAUAACGAUAAACCCAGCGAUUCCGAGAAAGAAGACGAUAACAUCAAUAAUACUAAUGUAAAGUUUCGAAGAAAAGUUCAUCACAAUGUCACGGUCUAUGAAGAUGACGAUGAACAAGAUAAGGACAGUAAAUUUGUUGCGAUCGCUAUGAAAAACAGGAAUAAAACGUUAAAAGUCGGAAAUUUUAAGAAAGUAGAAGAAAAACAAAAAGACGAGGUAAAGAUCAAUAACACGAGUGUUAGUAGUGAAAGUAGGAAUAAUAAAUUCGGUAAUAGGAAAAAUAUGGACGGUGAUUUUCUGUCUGUUUAUUUGAGUGAACGCAAUAAUAAAAAGAAGAAAAAGAAUAACCAGCAAAAGAAUGAUGACAGUGAAGGUCAUCAUCAUUCGAGUGAGAAGGGCAAACAGAUUGAAAAGAAUCUGAAUCAGAUGAUGGAUAAAAAAAAGGAUCUUGUUGAAUCGGUUAACACAACUUCCACUAUCACCACUUUUAUGACUACGCCACUUGAUUUAAGUAAAUUAAAGUGGAAGACGACAACCACCAUGAACAAUUCUCAUUCUUCUCUUAAUAUUAGCAUGGAUGGUAUCGAUAUACGAUAUAGUAGUAAGGGUGAUCAGAUGUCAGGCUUUAUUAACCAA